AGAGACCCCAAGGCUUGCAUCAGCCAUGGAUCCAACCUGCAAAAAGCAACCUAAAACCAAAUCCAAAACCACAACACUCAAGAAACCCUUCUUCUUCUCGUCUCCCCAGGAUCCCAUCAUCCCUUCUUCCACACUCAACAAAACCACCUCUCACUACUCGAAAUGGAAUCCAAAUCAAACCCAACUCCAAGUUCAAAGACCCCGUCUCCUUGCAACUACAGCCUUGAAAGCCGCAGCAGAUCCUUCUCCUCGUGUCGACACCCAUCUGCAGGCUAAAGCCAUGACACUCUCCGCCAAUGCCGUUUCCUCAUCUCUCUCCUUCCUUAAGAACAACAACCGCUAUUACCAGCAGAUGCAACAGAAGCAGCAAAUCGAUAUGGAAAAGAAACAGAGUAAAACAGAGAAGGGGAAAGAGAGAGAUAAGGUAAUAGAACCCAGAGAAAGAGAUGAGCCGAAGAGGUCGUCUGUCUCCCUCCAUAGCGCAAGGAGAAAAUCCUUCUGUGAUUCCCAGAUGGAGUUGGGUGAGUUCUUCUCCACCGUCGGCGUGAAGAUUGUGGCCGUCGACAUGCCACCGUUUAUGCAGAUCCACGCCGUGACUUGUGCUCAGAAAACACAUGAUGGCCUUGAUAAGUGCACUUCCAAGACACUAGCCUUUACUCUCAAGAAGGAAUUUGAUGAGGUAUAUGGACCGGCGUGGCAUUGCAUCGUUGGAACCAGUUUUGGGUCCUUUGUGACGCAUUCGGUAGGAGGGUUUUUAUAUUUCUCAAUGAAUCAGCAUAAGCUGUAUAUCCUCUUGUUUAAGACCACUGUGCAGAAAGCCGAUUGAAACUGGAAAGCUCAGAAAGGAGUUUGUACAUUCUCUACCGUUUUAUCUUCUUUUACUUUUUGGGUUCUGGAAACUGGCAAGUAAAAAUGCAUCAAGGAAUUUAUUCUUCUAAUUCCAUAUUUGUAACUGUAAGCACAGCCCUUUAAAAAUUGAUCUUAUAGCAGUACUGACUUUUGAAUGAUUGUUAAUAUUAAGAAGCUCUCAGAAAGAAACCCAUUUGAUCAAACUAGAAAUUUUCUUGUCUUGGAUAUUUCAUUCCUUUAAAUACUAAAUGGGUUUUAAUUUC